UAAUCUUCAACCUUCCAAUCUAAAUUAUGAAACGCACAGCAAAGGUGAAAGGUCCAUAUUUCUUAGUUUCUUACCAAAGAUAGUUUGCCACAAAAAAGAGACCUUUCUAAAUAUCUCGACCUAAACUUGCGUAGGUAGCUGAGACUUGAGCGUGCAGUUCUGCAAAAUUGUUCAAUAAUCCCAUUUCUCUCACCUCUCACAAGGUUAACAUAGAUAUUCAAUCUCAUAGCCGUCUUUGGUGGAAUUUCGCAACCAGUGUUUGUACAUGGCGACCAUGCCAUGUGGAGCGUUUGUGCCUUAUUGUGGCUUGCAGAGUCAAACACCUGGAAUGUAUAGUACUACAAGCUCUAAUUUAUUUUCUUCACAUUGUUGCACAAGCAAGGGGAUGUUGGCUUCAUCUUGCUCAACCAUAUUUUCUCCAGACUGUUCUCACUCAUUUUUGAGCUCAAGGCCACAUAUGGACUUGUAUCAUUUCAAGCAAUCCCAUUCUCACCUCAUUGUCAGAGCUCAGAGGAAUUACUACUCUGUCCUUGGUAUUGCAGAAGAUGCUAGGAAGCCUGAAAUAAAAAGUGCUUAUAAGAAGCUUGCACGGACUUACCAUCCAGAUGUAAACAAAGAUCCAGGAGCAGAACAAAAAUUUAAGGAAAUUAGUAAUGCCUAUGAGGUCUUGUCAGAUGAUGAGAAGCGUUCCAUAUAUGAUAGAUAUGGAGAGGAUGGUCUUAAAGGUGGCCCAAGCAUGGGGGGCUUCAGCAGCAUCUUUGACGAAUUACUCAACAAUUUUGAUGGCAUGGGUAUGGGGGGAAACUUUCGUAACGGAUUUUCAGAGGGUGAGGACCUGGCUUACAGUCUUAGGCUUGAUUUCAGGGAGGCAGUGUUUGGGAUAGAUAAAGAUAUUGAGAUAAAUAGGCUCGAAGAUUGUCCCACUUGUGAAGCCUCAGGUGCCAAGCCAGGUUCCAAGUCUUAUGUUUGCAGAACAUGCAACGGCCAUGGACAGCUUAUCUCAUCAAUAAGAACACCUUUUGGUAUAGUUCAGCAGGCACUUUCCUGCCCUGAUUGUGAUGGAAUGGGCGAGAGUAGUACCCCCUGCAAUAAAUGUCGUGGUGAAGGAAGAGUGAAAAAAUCCAAGAAAAUUAAUGUAAAAGUCCCUGCUGGAGUAGAUACUGGGAACAAAAUAAGGUUUGAAUGUGAGGGCAAUUCUGGGAAAAAAGGUGGCCCCCCUGGUGAUCUGUUUGUUGUAUUUGAAGUUCGUGAGGAUCCCGUUUUGAGAAGGGAUGGAAAUAAUAUCCUCUAUACUUGCAAAAUUUCCUACCUUGAUGCAAUUUUGGGGACAGUAAAAAAAGUUCCUACAGUUGACGGAAUGUCUGAUCUGAAGAUCCCUCCUGGUACCCAACCUAAUGUGACGUUGAUGAUGGCGAAAAAGGGAGUUCCUUUUGUAAAUAAAAAGAGUAAAAGAGGGGAUCAGCUGGUGAAAGUGCAAGUUGAGAUUCCAAAAAAGUUGAAUGUUGAAGAGAGGAAGCUCAUAGAAGAGCUUGUCAACAUUGACAAGGCCAAAUUCCCAAGCAGCUAAAGAUAGGUUCUUUUCUUGGUUCUGCAUUCUGGGUUUGAUGGAAAGAUAUUGGAAUCAUACAGUAUAUAUGAAUUUUUCCUAUGUCGACCUGAAGAAAAGUUAAGUUCUUAAAAUUUCUUCAGCUCGCAUGUAAAUGUGAUUUGGAUGCUGAGAUAUGCAGUGAUGAUAGGGGUUCAUUUGGUGUUCAGCCAUCAUCUACAUAUCUUGAUUCAUGAAAUUUUGUUGUGAGAUGUUAGAUAUUUGUAUGUAUACAGUAUGCAUAUAAAAUGCUGCACCACUGCGAAAUUGGCAGUAGAUGUGGGGUGACUUUGAUCAGGAGGCAUAUAUUGAGAACACUAGAUUCUAUCCAAUUUUCAGAACAGAUUUUGAAGACUUCAGAUCGUCAGAUGCUUCCAAAGGUGUCUUUGUUGGAGAAAGGAUAAAUUAGUUAUCCUUCACACGAGCUUGUUUAACCUAGUACUCUUAAGUAUUUUUUUUAUUAUUAUUAUUUUUUUAUUUUAUUUUUUGUUAAUGAAGAGAAAAGAUCCCUCAGUCAUCUUGAAUUACAUUCAAUUAGAAAAUAUUCUGAAUAAAUUGGUUGGAUAACAUCAUACAUGCUCGGAAGUGCCCCCUUUUCCUUCCGAAACACCUCUUAUAUUGGUUGCUGUUGUGGUGCUUCACCCAUUAAUGCUUGUGUUAGUAUGAAAUCCCUCAGCCUGUGUUAGCUGACAACCGAUUUCUCAGA